AUGGCGUCUGUCGAGGCUCUUUGGAGCGACCUCACCUCGAGGCUGGACGAGAGACAGCAGUCUAUCGCUGUCGCUGUCAUUGCUACUUUUCUCGUCCUUAUUCUCACAACAAAAGCCAUCACGGGAAGCUCUACAACGCUGGAUGCAAGCGGCAAACACAAAAUUCCUGCAUCGCCAAGCUACUGGCUCCCGUUCCUCGGACAUGCGUUUUCCAUGGCCCAAGGCGGCUUUCUGGCCAGCAUGCGGAGUCGAUUCACAGACGGCAUCUUUUCUCUGAAAAUGGGCGGCAAGAUGCACCACUUCAUCUACAAGCCUUCGCUGGCUGCGGCACUCUUGAACCUUCAUCGCCCGGCUGCUGAGGAGCAGAUGCUGGCAAAUCGCCUGCUGGGAUCUACUUUUGGCGUGAGCAAGAAAGAUGCAGCCAUUUACAACAAGAUAUUCCCCGAGGCUCUGGCUCUAUACAAGUACCUUAGUUCUGAGCCGGGGCUUAGCGAGAUCACUGGGGGGGCUUUAUCGCAAGUGAAGCAAACUAUCAAUAGUUAUGUCACAUUCAGCCCGAAUCCCAUGGACCAAACCGAAUGGGAGAAGAUGGCGGACGUCGAUGUUAUCGAAGAGGGCGACAAAGGGGUUCCCACCACUCAAGUCGACCUCAUGGAACUGACAAGGAAUUAUGUCGCAUCGACAGCGAUUCCAGCCAUCUACGGCACUGAUUUUGUCGAAAACUUCCCCGAGCUGUGGAAAUGGAUGUGGAUAUACAACGAGGCUUUUGUUUUGUUGGCCAUGAGCGUUCCUUCUUGGAUUCCCUGGCCGCGUCUUCAGCGCGGAAAGCUGGCAAGGAGACGUCUUCUGGCAUUUCUGUACGAGUUCAACGAAGCCAUGGACAAGCAUAUGGAUGGCGAAGAGGUCGACCCCAAGUGGCAGAAUCUGGAUAACGUCAGCCAGCUGGUCAAAAGCAGGAUUGCGCUGUUUAGAGAGCAUGGAGUGUCACUCGACGGCCGUGCGUCCUUUGACCUGGCGCUGCUGUGGGCUUCGGUUGCGAAUUCCAACCCUCUCAUCCCAUGGAUGCUCUUUGAACUUUACAGGGAUCCUGUGCUAUUGGAACAGGUUCGUGAAGAGAUUGCGCCAUAUGUCAAGGCUGUACAGCCAAAGAACGAGUUUGGAUCUGCAGUCUGGGUGCCGCCGGUGCUGGAAGACAUGGAUAUCGACGGACUGAUAACUAAAUGUCCGCUCCUUAAAGCUUCGUACAUUGAGACCAUGAGAGUUUACUCUUGCGGAUGGGCCAUGAAGAUGAUGUACAGCGAUACUGUGCUGGAAGCAAGAGGGAAGGGCGGAGAGUCCUUUUUAUUGAAGAAGGGGACUUACGCACACAUCCCUCAAGAGCUGCACCAGUUUGAUCCGCAAUACUUUUCAAACCCAACUGAGUGGCAGGCCGAGAGACAUGUGCGUGAAACAGUGGAUGAAAGCGGCAACAAGGUCGUUACAGCAGAACUGGGGACGAUGCGGCCAUAUGGUGGCGGCCUGAAGAUGUGCAAGGGAAGGCAAUUUGCGCUGCGGGAGAUGCUGCUAUAUGCAGCUGCCAUCAUUACAUUUUACGAUAUGCAGCCGCCCAAAGGGGGGUCGUGGAGCGAGCCUCAGACGAGGAAACUUGUUGCGAACAAGCAUCCGAAGAAGCCGCUCAAGUGGACCGGCCGUGAUGCCUCAGGUGUGAAGGAUGACACCAUAGCGUCGCCGGCUCGCGAACCGGAGCCGAGCUUCAAAACGCCGGGACAAAACAUCGAUGCUUCAUAUUUCUGCGCCAAUUUGCCGGACCUGUUCAAUUCUUUGAAAUCGCACUUCUUCAAACCCGCAAAGCUCUCUCUCAGCUUGCCUUCCCGCAGCUUCAAGGAUGUUUUCCCUUGGAGGGAGCCUACGACAAUGAUCCCCCGAAUUCUGCCUCGCGUGCCGCUGGCCUGCCCGCGAUGCAGCGUCGCGAAGGCGCAUAGCCUCCCGCCGUGGCUCCCGCAAAGGCCGAUUGCUUCUUCUCUCCAACUCCAACGACCCCUCCGGACAUCGGCGGUGUCUCACCGCGAGCAAGCGCCGUCGCCUAUCCCCGAAUCGCUGAAACCUCCCCCGACGAGCUCGAAAACAUCUCCUGCCGAGACGACUAUAGCUGCUGCUGCUGCUGCUAAAGAUGCUGCUGCCAAAGGCGCUGCUACUGCGAAGAAGCCCAAGCCCAACAAUGAUCCUCUUGCGAGUGUGGACAAGUCCGCGACGGAGCAGCGCAAGGCCGACUGGGCCAUUAUGAAGGAAAUGUCGCGAUAUCUGUGGCCCAAGGGCGACGUCCUCAAUGUACAGGUGCCCUUUUAUUUCAAGAGCAUUGUCGAUUCGAUGAACAUUGAUAUUGUCGCUGUUGGCGGCACUGCGACAACGGAACUACGAAAUGCUGUCUUUGCGUCGGUUGCGCAAAAGGCGAUUCGCGGCGUGGCUCGGAAUGUCUUCAACCAUCUCUUGCGACUCGACUUGAGCUUUCACCUUUCCAAGCAGACAGGUGGGUUGACGCGAGCCAUGGACCGUGGUACAAAGGGCAUCAGUUUCCUCCUGACGAGCAUGGUCUUCCAUAUUCUUCCGACGGCAUUGGAAAUUAGCAUGGUUUGCGGCAUCCUUACAUGGCAGUAUGGAGUCAAAUUCGCAGCAGUAACGGCACUGACUAUGGUUGGAUACACGGCUUUUACAAUCUGGACGACGGCUUGGAGAACAAAGUUUCGCAGACAGGCCAAUGCUGCCGAUAACCGCGCUUCGACCGUGGCAGUGGACUCGCUGAUCAACUACGAGGCUGUCAAGUAUUUCAACAACGAGAAAUUCGAGGUUUCGCGCUAUGAUAAGGCUUUGAGAGAAUAUGAGAAGAGCUCCAUCAAGGUAGCCACUUCUCUGGCUUUCCUCAACAGCGGCCAAAAUGUCAUCUUUUCUACGGCCUUGACUGCCAUGAUGUACUUUGCCGCUGAGGGAGUCGCUGCAGGAACUCUGACUGUCGGAGAUCUUGUCAUGGUGAACCAGCUUGUCUUCCAGCUAUCCGUCCCGCUAAACUUUCUCGGCUCAGUGUAUCGCGAACUGCGACAGUCUCUCUUGGAUAUGGAGACGCUGUUCAAUUUGCAAAAGGUCAACGUCAACAUUGUGGAAAAGCCGACUGCGAAGCCUCUGGCUCUGAUCAAGGGCGGAGAAAUCAAAUUUGAAAAUGUCAGCUUUGGAUAUCACCCCGAUAGACCCAUCCUGAACAAUUUGACAGUCACCAUUCCCGCUGGAAAGAAGGUUGCCGUUGUUGGUCCCAGUGGCUGUGGUAAAUCCACCCUCCUAAGACUUUUGUUCAGAUACUACGAUGUCCAGGGAGGUCGUAUCCUCAUUGACGACCAGGAUGUUCGCGACGUCACGGUUGAUUCCUUGCGCCGGGCCAUCGGUGUGGUGCCUCAGGAUACUCCCCUCUUCAAUGAUACCGUCGAACACAACAUCCGCUAUGGCCAGAUUGAUGCUUCUCACGACCAAGUUGUCGCAGCCGCAAAGCGAGCCCGCAUUCACGACAUCAUCGAGAAGUUCCCAGAAGGCUACCAGACCAAGGUUGGCGAGCGAGGCAUGAUGAUUUCUGGUGGCGAGAAGCAGAGGCUGGCCAUGAGCAGACUGCUCCUCAAAGACCCUCCGUUGUUGUUCUUUGAUGAGGCAACCAGCGCGCUUGAUACACACACUGAACAGGCCUUGAUGAUGAACAUCAACGGCAUUCUUCGGGAGAAGGGGCGCACAAGUGUGUUUGUGGCCCAUAGGCUGCGAACCAUCUUUGAUUCAGACUUGAUUAUUGUGCUGAAGGAGGGGCACGUUGCUGAGAUGGGCACGCAUAGAGAGUUGAUUGAUCGUGCUGGUGUUUAUGCCGAGCUCUGGAGCGCCCAGGAAACCAUGUUCAGCGAAGAUGGUACGGAGACAAAGGAGGCGAAGGCAGAGGAGGAGGCAGAGGAGGCGAACGAAGAGACUAAUGAGAAGAAGACGAAUUAG